ACGUGACUCUGGAUCCAGACACGGCAAAUCCCCAACUCGUCCUGUCUGAGGAUCGGAAACGUGUGAGAUACGGAGACACACGCCAGGAUCUGCCCAACAACCCUGACAGAUUUGAUCCUUGUUACUGUGUCCUGGGCGCUGAGGGGUUCGCGGGCGGGAGGCGUUACUGGGAGGUGGAGGUGGGAGACAACACGAGAUGGGACCUGGGGGUUUGUAGGGAAUCUGUGAGCAGGAAGGGGCAGGUCACACUCUCACCUGAGGAUGGAUACUGGGCCGUGCGGCUGUGGGAUGGGGGAUACAAGGCCUGCACCUCCCCCAGGACCCCCCUCCCCGUGAGCGUCAAGCCCAGCCGGGUGGGGAUUUUCCUGGACUAUGAGGCGGGCGAGGUCUCGUUUUACAAUGUGACAGACGGGUCCCAUCUCUUCACUUUCACUGGCACCUUCUCCGGGACGCUCCGCCCUUAUUUCUAUCCUGGUUACGAUGGAGCUCCCCUGAUAAUCUGCCCGGUCCCAGCUCAGCCCGGAGGGAAUCUCUGUCCCUGA